AUUAAUGUCACGUUUUCAACAGCUGCCAUGGUAUUGGGCACUGGCAUAGCGGUCGACUUUGGCCAGGGCAUUGGCUACUAUGUUGGAAUUUUUGCUUUUCUACUGUCCUCUGGCUGCUAACGCGCCUAUGGGACCUGAUGAUCAUCUUCUCAAUUCUGUGCACCUUAAAGAGGUUCUUUUUCUCCCUUUGGAACAGCAUCAUGGCCUUCACAUUUCUGGGCCCUGCCUUGGUGACGGCCUUCCACGAGCCAACUGGAUGGAAUCUUACGAAAGUCGGCCUGGCCCUGAUCUUCCCGCAUGUGGCGGUCGGAUUGAUCAUGCCGACGGUGCUAGGGGGAAUUGGUCUAGGUCUCCUUACCCUUUGGCCGCAUGUCUUUGCCUGCUACCGGAUCAACCGAAAGCGAGCUGCCAAGCCACGGCCGCCACCAGAGCCAGAUCCAGGUGGAGUGGACCACGACUCGCUGAGAAUCGCUGGAGGCCAUGGUCAUGGUGAUACUCCAACACCUGCGGGGCCCAUCGUUGUGGAGGCCACAGUGGUAGGAGUUGAGACCACGGAGGUGAGCCACCAAACCAAUGAGAUCAGCAAUGAGCCAGUGCCAGCAGCUGAAGUGCACGUCGUUGCCGUUGCCGAGAAGAAGGAGCUCUUCUGAACUUUGCGCCGAAAUUGGAACAAGGAAGGCCACUGGAAGAUGUACAGUAGGUUUGAUACUUCCUUUCACUUCGGAAACUAUGAGCUUUCUUGAACAGCCAGGCUGUUUUGGGUACAGCUUUCGCACCCAGCGAGGUCAAGUCGACCGGCGCUCCCUCCAAGAGGGAGCGAAGUCCGGCGAUCCGAUGCAUGCCAAGCACGGUCCAAACUGCGCGGGCGCGUCGUAC